AUGUUUUUUGCUCGACAAAGUGAUUUAAAUAGGCAUAUGGGAAUACAUACUGAAAAAACACCUCUUCAAUGUGGUAUGUGUUUCAAGCGAUUCACUCGCAUUGAUAAUCUAAGAGUUCAUGAAGCGAUUCAUCUUCGAAAUUUUACUUGUGUGAUAUGUUUACAAGUUUUCCAGAAAACAAGUGAUUUGAAUAGACAUCCGAAAUCUCAUGAAAGGAGCUACAAAUGUAGUAAAUGCCCUAAGAAAUUUAGUGAACUUGAUCAUUUGGAACAUCAUGAAGCUUCCCAUCUUAAAAGAUGUACUAAAUGUUAG